AUGACGAGCAAGAGCAGGAACUACCUUCCUGCAGAGCAUGAGACGUUGUACCAUGCUUGGCUGCAAGUGUCACUUGACCCCAUUGUUGGGAACGACCAGAAGUCAUCCAACUUCUACGACAAAGUCGCUGAAAUCUUCAACAAAGAACACGAAGCGAGGUCGGUAUGCAGCCUGCAGAUACACUGGCGAGAUACUAUCCAGAAGCAAGUUUCGCUCUUUUGUGGAGCGUACAAGAAGGCAGUCCACAACCCUCCGUCUGGUACAAACGGUAUUGACCACAUGCGGACUGCUCUCGAGCUGUACAAGUUGCGCUCGAAGAAGAGCGCAUUCCGAUUGCACCAUUGCUGGCUCAUUCUUAAGGACGCGCCGAAAUGGAGCGUUGCCAUGGAGCCACAGGAAGCUGGCUCAAAGCCAGCUUCGGUGACAUUGGCACCGGUUUCGGCUAUGGCCUCGGUACGGCCAUUGGGAUCCAAAAAGGCCAAGGCGAAAUUGAAGGAUGUUGACAGUAUUGUCUCGGUCCAAUCCGAAAUGGUCAAGGCGAACGUGGAACGCAAUGCUAUUGCUCGUGACAGCGGUCAAUUGAAGCUGUUCACUGCUCGAAUUGAUGCUUCCGACCAGAGGUAG